UGGUUUCAUUGCUUCACACAGGAAGUCUUCCAAAUCUGAUUCAAGUCACACAUUUCUCUUCAGCUUCUCUGUGUUACUGAACAAAGUGUGUCCACUCAUCUUGCUGCAGUGACGGUCCUGAGGGUGGCAACAGUCCCCUUACACUUCAGAGAAGAAGAAAACAGAACAGACUACUGUCAGAUUAUCGAUAGCUUACAGCAGCCGGUCAGGAGGAGAAGAUGAGAGUGGGGAUCCUGUGGAUGGCGAUAGUGUGGCUGAGUGAUGGAGAAGUCACAACGUGCUCAGUUGAGCGGAUCAUCACUGUGCCAAAACCCAGUAAAGUAACCAUCACCUGUCCGCCCAGCAUGGGUGACAUCUUCAACUAUCAUCUCUCCUUCAAUGCCAGCAACAUCAGCGAAAUACAAGUGAAUAAGCCUGAUUUGGCAGGGAGUUUGUUCUACGGUCAGUUUGAAGUCACAGCCAACGACAGUGGAUUUUACAGCUGCAAGAUGGAGGUGAUAUAUCCUCCACCACACAGAGAGUACUGUCACACCACUGAAGUCAAAGUGGACAGUAAAAUGUCUGACCUGCAUUACACAGAAAUCAGUGUCACUGACCCAGCAGCCAAUCAGAGCUGUCCAGACAGGUCUCCAUUCAUUCCAGAGGUGGUGCUGUGGGUUGGAUGUGGCGUUUUAUUCGUCUACAGCCUGACAGUCACCUGCAUUAGCAUUGCUAUAUGGAAGCUGAAGAGACACGAUGAGGAUACAAACGUGUAUGCCAACACCAGACCUGUCGAGAACAGGAAACCCUGCAAAGUUUAACCAGAUCUUAUGGCAAUUACAAAGAGCUACUGCAGUUAUUAAAGCUAUAAAUGUUGUGUGCAAAUCAGUGAUUAGUUCAAAUCACAAGACUGGAAUCUAUGGAUGGAAAACAGAGUCUGGUGGUUGGUGAAGAGUUACUGAGAGAGCCGGGGAUGAUGGUUAUGAUUAAUUUAAAUGACAAAUAUUUGAAUUUCACGCUUACUUAGCUUAUUUUUUAGACUGAAAAAUGACAAGAAGAAAUACCGCAUUAGAAAUAGUGCUUCUGCAGCAGAUGGCAAUGUAUUUCAGUGACCUGAGAUUCCUUAACAUGUGUGCAACAUGCAAAAAAAAAAAGAAAAAAAAAGAAAAAAAAAGAAA